AUGGUUUGGAGUCACGGGCGUGUGGCGGCGGGGGCGGCGGUGGCGGGAGGAGCCGGAGCUGUAGCGGGCGCCGCAGUUUUAGCGGUUUUAGCGGCGGUAGCGGUUUUAGCGGCGGGGGGCGUGGGUGCCCUGAGCCCGUGCCCCGUCAGCGAGUACACCUGCGACAACCUGAGAUGCGUGCCCAAGAACCGCGUGUGUAACGGAAGAGACGACUGCGGCGACAAAUCGGACGAGAAACCCAACUGCACACCCUGCAACGUGACCUACUACGGCGAGGUCGGACGCAGCUACGAGAUCGACCUGAAGGAGUCGGAGAACCUGAAGAUCCCCUUCACGUGCGAGCUGACCUUCGUGGCUGCCGGAGACAUCUACGGCGACCUCGUGCAGAUCGUGUUCCGUGACCUUACCCUUGGCACGUUCAAGUCGCACCACGUGUGCGGGUGCCCCAAAGGCCACCUCAGCAUCGAGGAGAGUCACCGCGGCAAGAUCGGUGGCAACUGGUGCGGCGGAACGAACACGCACAACGUGUACUACAGCGAAACCGACACCGUCACCGUAACCGUCAAGGUUCCUCCGCCCGAGGAGGAAACGGACGGCGAGAAGAAAAUCAGACUGCGCCUCCUCUACAAGUUCCUGCUGAGCGCGGAGUCCAUCGUCAGGUACGGGCCCUGGAACAGCGCCAAGUACCUGGGCGUCCAUAAGCCCGACACCAUCUGCGACAGGGUCUUCAACUCGUGCGACCGACGCAAGUGUCGCGUGCAGUCGCCCAAUUACCCCGGACUCUACCCUCGAAAUCUGACCUGCCAGUACGUCAUCCGCCAGGACACGGUGCCCCACGGUCGCCACGCCCUCGUCAGCGUGGGUCAGGCCGAGAGAGGGCGCGUCCACAUCAAGCACACCGACGCCUCCUGCGACGACAACCUGCAGCUGUGGCUCGAUGAGGACUGCGAAGUCGUGGGCGACACGCUCAGCAUCUACGAGAUUCAGGGAGAAUCGCGCAAGCUCCUCAUGAAGUUCUGCGGCGGCGGGAAGGUCCCCCGCAUCACAGCCAGUGGGGCCGAGCUGCUGCUUGUCUUCCAGAGUUCCCCUUUUGACAACAUGUAUUUCGAUCCUUCCGUCAGCACUCAUCCAGGCUUCGAGCUCGACGUCGGCGUCGCCUUCGUUCCCAAAAAAUCCCUUCUGUAUGCAAACCAGAAGUGCGAGUUUGAAAUAUCGAGCUUCGAAGCUGCCCGCGGCCACUUCGAGAAUGUUGCUCACUCAUUGCCAAAGAAAAGCAACUGCUCCUACAAGUUCCGCGGGCGCCCGGACGAGGUCGUCUGGUUGUACUUCACGCGCCUCAAGGGAAUCGACACUCAGCCUCCUUCCAUAGACGGUAUACCCUGCCGGACUCGUGUCACACUGAUAGAAGGCGUCGAGGAAGAGGGUGAUAUAUUGGAGAACACCUGCGGACCGAUGGGGGUGCGAGUGUGCCACAGGGAACAGCUUGGCCCUGGACGCAACAGGACAAGACCUUGUGGAAGCACUGAGAGUUAUCUGACAAAAGGUUCGCACGUCACUCUCACCAUCCAUUAUGUGUUGCCGUCGACGGUCUCGAAUUUGCAGUUCCGGCUUCAUUACGAAUUCGUGUAUGCAGGCCCCCGAGCAGCUGCUCUGAAUCGCCCUGAACCCUGUGACAGACAGAUCAACAGUGAGCGUAGCAAGAAAGGGCUGUUGACGUCACCUGCCAACAACCUCCUCUACGGGAAAUUCGGGGCCACAAGUCUCAAGUGCAAAUAUCACCUGCAAGGCAAACCCAAUGAAGCUGUUAGGAUUACCUUCAUAUACUUCUAUGCUCAUAAUUCUUCGUGUCCGGGCCGGGACUCACCUUUACAGGCGUGUGGACGUCCUAAGGCCAUGGAAGGUCGAGGAGCAAGGCUAGAAGUGUCAGAGUGGCCGUGGCCGGGGGUGGAGCUUCCUCAGGCCUGCAUUUGCAAGGGCCUGUACCUUCCUGCAACCCUGCUGUCCUAUUCCGCCUCUGUUACCAUCACGUUCACCGUCAUUGGGAUGGAUGUUUUUGAUGACUUUUCACAUUUCAACUUUGAACUGGAAUAUGAAUUCGUGGAAGUGGAAGCAUGUGAAGAAGACCGCAUUGUGACGGGCGAGGCAGGCACUCUGAGCCUGGCACUGCGCCCUCCUCCAGGACCAUGUCGUGGGCACCCUUGGCUUCUUCAACCUGCCUCAAAUCACUUCCUGCUGGUGUCAGUGCCAGGUCGUGCAAUCAGAGGUGGCUUACAAGGUAUAGCACAUGGGCGGCUUGUAGCCACAGAAGAUCCCAUGCCUCCUGCAGAGUGCCAGAGUCCUGAACUUCAUGUCUAUCAGCCGGGAAAUCCGCGGCCCCUUACUGCUGUGUGUGUGUCUCCAGGCUCCGCGGAGACUGUGCACGUUUUCUCAGAAGGAUUUAACGAGCCCCUUUCAUUAGACUAUCUCGGAGAGGCUGCACGAUCCCUUGUUGUGGUCCUGCUGAGCCGACCUGCAUACCUCUCAGGCCAGUCUUCACAGCAGCAGCACAAAGCUGUGGAUGUGCAGUGGGUGGAGGCAGCACCAAGAUGGCUUGCAAACCGGUGUGCAACAGAAUGUCCUGCUGUGCAUGCUUGCAUCAGUGCCUCCCUCUUUUGUGAUGGAACGUGGCACUGUCCUUCGGGUGCCGACGAGGCUGUGGUGACAUGUCUCAUGGCUCUGUCACCUUGGCUCUGGCUGGCCUUCGGGCUGGCUGUCGGCUGCAUCUCCGUGCUCUCGAGCUGGUGGGGCUGGACUCUGUGGAAGUCCCGGCGCGGCCGCAGCUCCAUCGGCUGCAGCGAGGAGGUUCUCACACCCGGCCACCAUGAGUCGCCUCCGGAACCACCCGAGUAUCCUGACUGCAUCGACGUCGACUUCGAAACGACCGUCUGA